AUGGGCUUGAGCGACAUCCUGGCGGCGCUCUACUCCUGCCUCCCGGAGACCCCGUCCUCUCCCGUCGCCUCCCUCCCCGCCGUCACCUCUGACGACGGCGGGGAGGACCGCAUCAGCGCGCUCCCGGACGACAUCCUGCGCGGCGUCGUCUCCCGCCUCCCCGCCAAGGACGCCGCCCGCACCGCCGCGCUCUCCCCGCGCUGGCGCGGCCUCUGGCGCUCCACCCCGCUCGUCCUCGAGGACAUCCACCUCCUCAUCCGGCCGUCGGGCCAGCGAGGCGGGUUCGAGUUCGACUCGAGCGCCCUUGCCGGCGCCGUCUCGCGCGUCCUCGCCUCCCACCCGGGCCCCUUCCACUGGGUCCACAUCUCCAGCAACUGCAUGGCCGGCCAGGAGGAGGCGCUCGCCAAGUGGCUCCGCCUCUUGGUCGCCAAGGGCGUGGAGACCCUCGUCCUCGUCAACCGCCCCUGGCCGCUCGACGCGGCGCUGCCGGCGUCCAUCCUCCGCUGCGCCUCGCUCCGCCGCCUCUACCUCGGCGUCUGGCACUUCCCGGACACGUCGCGCGCCAACGCGCCCCCACGCGGCCCCGGCGUCUUCCCCCGCCUCCAGGAGCUCGGCAUCUGCCACACCAUAAUGCAGGAGCGCGACCUGGAGUACCUGCUCGCCUGCAGCCCCGAGCUCAAGACCUUCGCGCUCAUCCUCAGCUACAUCGCCCCGUCGCGCGUCUCGAUCAGCAGCAGCAGCCUCUGCUGCGUGCUGGUCUGGUUGUCCAUGCUGUACGAGGUCGACGUCGUGGCCGCCCCACGACUGCAGCGGCUCAUCCUGCAGAGCAUUGGAACUAGGCGCACCACCAAAGUCAAGAUUGGGCAUGCUCCUGAGCUCACCGUGCUCGGCUACCUGGAGACGGCGAACCAUGUGCUGCAGAUCGGCAACACCAUCAUCAAGGCUGGGGUAACAAAAGUGGCCCCAAAUGCUGUGGUUCCAAGUGUCAAGGUGCUAGCUUUGAAGGUGGAUUUCGGAGUGGCCGAGGAAGUGAAGACCCUGCUCAGUUUCCUGAGAUGCUUCCCCCAAGUCGAGACCCUACACGUCAUGUCCUCCAACAAGAAGGAAGAGGAAGAGGACGAGCAGGACGAGAAAGACGCGGGUGAUGCCAGUGGCGAGCAGCUAAUCAUCCCCACGUUCUGGGAGGAGGCCGGCCCGAUCGGGUGCGUGGAGUCGCAAGUGAAGAAGGUGGUGCUGAACCAGUUCACCGUGGGCGCCAACGAGCUGGGAUUCCUUAAGUUCGUGAUCGCGAGGGCUCAAGUGCUGAAGAGGGUGGUGCUGGUGCUGGACCCCGGGAUGAGCCCCACGGCGGCGAAGGAGGCAUUGAGCAAGCUGGCGACGCAGCUGCCUUCCGCGAAGUGUGUCAAUGAGAACGUGGAGUUCAUGGGGCUCCCGCGCCCAAUGGCUGCCUGGAGCUACCAGAUCGCGUCUGAUCUCUCCCUGAGCGACCCGUUUCCGGCUGAAGGCGGUAUAUUGGUGGAGCGUGAGUGA